AACUCUUCGAAUCGGGGAGGACUGGUAACCACAAUUCUAGCGAGAUUUGGGCUUGGGCGCCAUGUUUUUUGUUGUGCUUAUACACAAAUAGCAAACCAAAGAAUGGCUGAAUAGGUUUUUUUUAACACUAUGGGUAAAAGAAAAGACAGAGACACCGGCGAAGAAGAAGGAAGACUGUCAUCACCCAAAAAGAAACACAAACACAAGCAUAAAAAGCACAAGAGAAAAAGGGAAGGAGAUGAACACGGGAAAAAAGAGAGAAAAAGAGAAAAGUCAAGAGACAAAGAUCGUGACAGGGAAAACGAAUCUUCAGUCACAUCGGAGCCAGGAAGGAUGGGGGCCUUAAAACUCAAGAUAAAGCUGGGAGGACAAACUUUUACCACUAAGCAGGUUGCCAAGAUUGUGCCAUUGUCUGAUCCUGAGCAUAUGGUCACCAGUGAAGAAGAAGAGGUUGAACCGGAUGUUGAGACAGUUGAUGCGACUGAUGACACAUUGGAUAGACUUGGUGCAGAGUCUGAGACAAGCUAUCAGCUUUCCAUUGCAGAAGGCAGUGAAGUUGAUGAUACAAAGAAAGGAAAUGAAUCAGAGAAAGAAGAAGAGGAAUGGCUUAAUGCCCUUGAGGCGGGUGAGCUGGACGAUUAUGGCAGGCUAAAGCAAGAGAAAGAUAUAAGUACCAUGACAGCCAGGCAGAGAGCUAUGCUAGGUCAUGAAAUCAAGGGAGAGAAUCAGCUGUUAGAAUUACCAACAGAACCAAGGAGGAAAAAUGAAGACACAGAGGAAGCACAGAAGAGACGAAAACAGAGAGCUAAGAAGAGAAAGCAGCAGUUACAGAAGCAGAUUGAAGAGAAUAAGGCCCAAACAGUGAAGAAGCUUCUUGUGAGAGAGCCAGGACGUGCUAAAAAGGAGGAAGAAAAGGCCAAGCGCUCAAAGGCAGAAAUACCAAAUAUCCGCUAUGUGAGUGGACAGAAUGGUGUCUCUCUCUCAUACCCCCCUGCCAUGGACUUCCCCCUCAAGUCAAAAUCAGCAAGACCUCCAGCUCCUAAAGAAAAGUGCACAGCCCAGGGCUGCUCAAAAGACAAGAAGUACAACUGUUCCACUAAUAACCUGCCAGUGUGCAGUUUGGAAUGCUACAAGCUUGUCAAGAGUAUUCCAAGUGCAUUCAAGGGUCCAGCACAAAUUGCAGUAUAAAAUGUUAAAAAGGGUUGGGCUGAUGUAGCCACCUCCGCAGGGAUCUCCUUCGUUUAAGAGUUAUAUGCUGUGAGUGAUAUGUGCUAAAAGAGGACAAGUUGUGACACCCUAGUCAAUUUGAAACCUCAUCUGCGGGGACACUAGCGUUGACAGAAACGCUUCCCAAGGAUGACGCCCAAUUGACAAUCAGAGUUUGCUAUUUUCCAUCUUUUAGUAUAGGUCCAGAUCAUUAUGUAUUUCCUACUAGUAAUAAUGUACAGUAAAACAUAUAAAAGGGGUACCUACUUGCAUUUACAAGACUGAUUUAAAAUCCUGAUGUCAUUACUCUGUGUAGAAAAUAUUCUUUAUAUAACAGACACAAAUUGUAGGUUACAACUAACCUUGUUUAUCUGUUUAUGAAAUCUACAAAGUAGUAACAAGUACAAGACAAUAAAAUAUCAUUUUUCUAACAGGUUUCAGGAUUUGGAAAGAUCAAACUUGUAUUCUGAGUACUAGAAGCAGAAGACAAAAAAACCAAUGUACAUUUCUUUCAGUUUUUAUUUUAUUUGUGUAUAAAAAUAUUAAGAAAAAGACUAGAAAUAAAAUGAAUUUUCUCUUGUU